AUGUCUCGAGCUAACUGCAUCACCGCUGAAUCCUAUUAUCAGGCAUCUUUGGAUGCCAUUGAUGCUACAUUUCAAAAUGUUUUGAAUGAGACAAGCGAUCCACUUGAAGAGGCUCUCUUUCGUGAAACGCAAGUCUCUUUGAUCGCUGCUUUGGAGCAAGUGGCCCAACCGAUGAACGAUUCGGAAUAUCAAGCACUGGUCAAUGCCUAUCACGAGACUCCUUAUGAUCAAAAUGAUGAUGAUGAUGAUGAAUACGAGGGUGAAAUGGGUCAACAAGCUGAAAACACCAUUCAAGCGUAUGACGAUGAACAAGAAGAAGAGUUGGACGAAGAAGACUUACUCGACGUUGCGGCUCUGAAAGAAGCCAAAGCAAAGCGCCAGCAAAUUCGAGCUUUAUCCAAUCGAGUAGCACGCAUUCGCCAACGAGUUUUGGAUCGGGUUGCUACGACAACCGAGAAAGAGUGCCUUAUGGAACAACCGACAAUUUGCAUCGAAAAAUCACCCGACUUGGACAUUGACAAACAUUCAGGUCUCAUGCAAUCAUCACUGCAAAAUCUGAAUAACAUUUUGAAGGAUAGCACAUGGCAAAAGAAUCUUCCUCAGCAAACCCAAAGAAUGCAAAAGACCAUGAAAAGUAUCCAGUAUCAUGAGAUUACCAAUCACCAAUUGUCUCAAACAGAGACUGCCAUUUUGUCACAAACCAACGACCGUUUGGACGAAGAACUGGAGAAAGAACGCCUUCAGCUUUCUCAAACCAGUGUUACAACAAAAGAUCCAGUGGCAGAGGACGGAACCAAUGCAUCGCCAGAAGAUCGAUUGGCAACCUUUAUGCAAGACUAUUUCUAG